AUGUUCUUCAGCAGAGUUAUAUUCAACUACAUUGCUUUCAAAAGUCGGAAACCAUGGUUCGUCAUGGAGUUUUCGUCAAUGGGCUUUAUAGCGAAGCUGUUCAGGUGUAGCGAUCUCAAGUAUAUGACUCACGCCAUUGCUCUGUAUUAUCGUUUCAAACCAGUGGACUGGAUACUUAUGGACAUUCUGCAGAGUCGUUAUUGCAGCUUGGAUGAAAGCAAGAAAGAUUGUGCCAAGACCAUUCGGUGUUACCAGAUAAACUCAGGAACAUCGCAGUUUCAACAUGUCGGCAAGAUAUCCUCGUUAACAGGGAAAGUGCAGAAGAUUUACGACCAUACGUUCGGUACAGGCAAGUGGAACCCAUUCGCUGACGUUAUCUCCUCAAUGCCUACAGCAGAAAAAUACGAAGCGCAGGUUGGCUACUCAAGGAAUGUUGGUAUAUGGUUCACGAAUGUCACUGAAGGAGGCUUUGUGUCAAUCCUAUUCUUACAGCCAAUCAAUAUAAGUGGAGUAAUGUUCCUCAGCGGCGUUCCUCCUGCCAUUGAUGACAAGUUUGGACCGGAAACGGAAGUGUACGCUCUUGACACAGAAGGGAGGAGAACAAUUUUGGGAAGGUUUUCACUCAGUGGUGACUUCCUUUACCGUUCAGAUGGAACAUUUGUCGAGGAACUGCGAAUUGAGGUAAAAGCAUAUGCUGGAUUGGGUCAGUCGUGCGGUGGAUCAGGAGAUUUGCCUUCAGCCCUACUGAUCGUCGACUCACAGAGCUCGUUCAAAGACCAUGAAGCGAUUCAGGGCGCUUUGAUAGUUGGCAAGGAGGUGAAAGUGCUCAACAUUCCACCUAGUGCGACCUCUCAAAUUUAG